AUGACGAAAUUAGGCAUCAAAAAGGAUACAGAUGAGCUGAUUGAGAAACUAUCCGAUGCUUUACCACAUGAUAUUUGGGGAACUUAUCUGAUGAUGUUAAGGAAUAAUAGAAAGGAAUAUAAAAAGUUGACAUUGGGUGAGUUCAUCAAACAUCUGGAGGCUCAAGAAAAGGAGCAAAGAAAGAUUGCUAGGAUGAAGAACUAUGAUGGAGAACAAGACAUCGAAAAAUACAUAAAAAUUAGGGAAGCCGAAGAGGAGAAAUGGAGAAGAAUUGAAGAAGAAGAAGAAGAAGAAGAGAGGAGAAAAGCUGAAGCUAAGAAGAAGAAAAGAGUUGAAGAAGUUCAAGUGAGAACCGUCAAAGAAGUUCCAGAAUUUGAAAUCAAAAUAGAUGCUGAGGCAGUCAAAGUUCCAGAGAAGUGUAUGAAUUGUGAUUCUUUGAUCAAGCAAAACAAUGAGCUGCUACACAAUAUAAAAAGGUUGAAAGAAUCAUAUGAUACCUUGAACAGAGAAAUGAAUAAGUACAAUGAUUCAAGUAGUGAGCAAGCUGUAGCAAUGAAUACACUCAAAGGAGCAUACAUGAGACAACUUGACAACGUCAAUUACUACACAGAGAAGUGUGCUGAACUUGAAUUGAAGAUUUACCCUAUUGUGGAAAGAAUGAAGACGUUUGAAGAAGGGAAGAAUUCGGAAGAAAAGAAAUCCAAGACAAAAGAAGAUGAUAAAGUGGAAAUUUCUGGCUCCAAAUUCUUAUCAAGAAGGGGUAAAAAGGCUGCCGACACGUAG